ACGAGUUUUGGUCACGAGACCAAUAAUGGUGUCGUAAGAAUCAAUGAACAUGUAAAGGUCAACUUUACUAACAGUAAGGUAUCGAAUUCGUAUCGAAUAUUCUUCAUUACAAAAUUAUUCUAAACACUAGCCGGAAGGAAGAAAAGUGAGAUGAAAACCAAAGCAAAUGUAACACAUCGUUUUUGGAAUUUAACGCACAAUAAGAAAAACAUAACAUUGAAGUUACUAUCUUAAAAUAAUAGAAUAUUAAUAUCAUAAAAAUCACGUAUUUAUUUUAUUUAGGAUUUACUAGAGUAAGGAAUGGAAAAUAUGAAAAAGGUAUUUUAGUGUAGAAUAGUUGUAGAGCUCGAAUCAUGGUUGACAAGAAAGUUGAAAACUUACUACAGUUGAUACGAAACAAAUGUUUAUUGAGUAAUGUAAGCGGAAUAAAGUGCUUGUCAGUUAUGUUUAGGAGAAUGGACACUAAUUUUGAUAAACGAUUGUCGUUCGAAGAACUUGAUACUGGACUGAAAGAAUUUGGUAUUGACAUCAUUAAUGAUGAUCUAUGGAUUUUGUUUAAUCAUUUUGACAAAGACAAAAACAGUGAAAUCGACUUUUUGGAGCUGGUAGCUAAGUUACGUCCACCCAUGGCACUUAGAAGAAUAGAAGUAACUAACGAAGCAUUUGAUUCUUUAGAUGCAAACAAAGAUGGAAUAUUAAGUAUUGAAGAUCUCAAAAUUGUCUACUCAGUCAACGCCAAGCGACAUCCGAAGUUUAUUUCCGGUGAAUGGACAGAAGAGCAAGUUCUUCGGAACUUCUUGGACAGUAUCGAUACACCUGGUAAUCCGGAUGGGAAGGUGACACGUGAAGAAUUCAUGAACUAUUACGCCGGGGUCAGUUCAACAGUGGAUGAUGACAGUUACUUCGAUCUUAUGAUGAGAGCGUGUUAUGGUCUACCAAGUAGAAGCUCGUGAACUGUAGAAAGUACAUUAUCUAACCUAUUGACUGAAAGAGUUUAUUAAACUUCAUAUAAUCACCCACUUAAAGUAUAUAAAUAACGUACAUGUACAAAAUGAUAUCAUUUGAAUAUAGUGUUAGUUCUUUUGAUAGUUACAGUUCGUGUCAUGUGAUUUAUAGUGAUAGUGUUUUGCAGUGUUAACUAAUUAAAUGACAGUUUGUCUUAUAUAGUGUUUUUUAGAGAAAAUUUGUCUGCAGUGAUGAUAGUCCAUUGGUAUCGAAAGCUUGUUUAUAGUGUUGUUCCAUUCCCACUAAUGUAAGUAGUUCUGAUCCCAUUAAGCGUUUAACUAUAAUUUCAGCUGAAUAAAAUGUUCACGUAAUUAAAUAUCUUUAAUUUUGAAAUCGAAGAAAAAAGAGAAGUUCAACGUUGAAGGUACAUUUUAAGGCACAAUAUGCCUACGGAAUGAAUGAAUUUUUUGUGCUUCUGCAGAAAGGACACACGUGUAAUUUAUUAUGGUUUCGUAACAGAUUUAGAACGUUUGAGACGCCUAACAAAUGAAGACAGCGCAAUAAUUUAUUAUUAAGUUAAACAAAUCAAUAAUUGAUUAAGAAUGUAAAAAAAAACUACAUUAAUAAUAUCAUAUUUAUAUGCUAAUCUACCAAAUUGUCUUGUCUUUUAAACGCUUUAAUACACAAUAUUGCUAUUUGUCUAAUAAGAAAAUUUUCUAUCUGCGUUAAAAAAUUGUAUGAAUUUGUAAACACUAGGAUUUACAGUAAAGUAUCUUGAAAUGUAUCGCUAUAAACUGGACAUACAAUAUUAUUAUAAAAUGAAAUUCAUCUUCUAUAUCCCGGACGUACAUAAUGCGCAUUUUCUCCGACUUCACUUCCGGAUUCAAUAUUGU